AAUCACACUAAUGUAGGAUAUAAGACAAUAUUAGUACGAGAGAGAGAGAGAGAGAGAGAGAGAGAGAGAGAGAGAGAGAGAGAGAGAGAGAGAGAGAGAGAGAGAGAGAGAGAGAGAGAGAGAGAAAAGUUUCCCAGCGGAGUUGGGAUAUUUAUUACAAUGACUUUAAAAUUUGAGAGAGAGCAAGACAAAGAAAUACAGACAAACGGAAAGAGAGACAGAAAAGCAGAAAGAAAGGCAGAAAGAUGGAAAGGCAGAAAGGAAGAUAGGCAGAGAAAAGGCAGAAAGAAAGAAGGCAGAAAUGAAGGCAGAGAGGCAGAAAGAAAGGCAGAGAGAACGACAGGCAGAAAGAAAGGCAGAAAGUAAGUCAAAGAGGAAGACAGAGAGAAAGGCAGAGAAAAGGCAGAAAUAAAGGAGGAAAGAAAGUCAGAGAGGCAGAAAGUCAGUCAGAGAGGCUGAAAGAAAGUCAGAGAGGCAGAGAAAAGGCAGAAAGAAAGGAGGAAAGAAAGUCAGAGGCAGAAAUAAAGGCAGAAAGAAAGUCAGAGGCAGAA